AUGGUGGGCGUCUUUGCCCUCCUGUUGCUUUCUGCUGUGGCCUUGAUGCAGGCCUCCAAGCUGUGUCCGCACAGCUGCCUGUGCUAUGGCUCUUCGAACCUGGUGGACUGUCGGGCUCGCGGCUUCACUCGUGUGCCCCACACCUUGCCCCAUGGGACCUGGCUGCUGGACUUGGGGCUCAACAAGCUGACAGAGCUGCGAAGCCACUCCUUCACUGGGCUGUGGUCCCUGCGCAUCCUGGUGCUCUCCAACAGCAGUGUCCAGCUGCUGCAGCCCCAGGCACUGUCCUCCCUAUCCUUUCUAGAGAAGCUGGACCUGAGCCAUAAUGAGCUGCACUCUCUGCCCUCUGACUUCUCCCAGAGUCUGUCCUCAUUGCGGGAACUGCGCUUGGACCACAACAUCCUGGAGCACUUGGCCUCCACUAGCCUAGAGUGGCUGGAAAACCUGGAGAAGCUGGACCUCAGCUACAACCGCAUCCAGGCAAUAGAGCUGAGGGCCCUGCGAGGCCUGUCCCGUCUGCGACACCUCUAUCUGCAGGCUAACCAGCUUGCAGUAGUGCAGGACGGCACCCUGACCAUGCUCCAGGGCCUGGAGGUCCUUCUUUUGGGUCAGAACAACAUCUCCAAGAUUGAGACCGAGGCCCUGACUUCGCUGCACAGCCUCUCUGUGCUGGGCCUUGAGGGAAACCAGCUGGAGCGCCUCAAGUUCAAGACCUUCCUGAACCUGCAAACUCCCGGCACCCACCUGCAGCUGGCUGGCAACCCGUGGAUGUGCGACUGUGACCUGCACCGUGUCUUUAGCAAGAUCCUGCGUGUGCGCCACCUCCAUAUGGACGACUACAGAAACAUUACCUGCCAUGCCCCCCCGCAGCUCGCCGGUGCCUCCCUGGCAUGGGUGGACAGCCAGCUGUGCAUGGCAGAGACGGCCACUGUGCUUGUCAUUACCAUCACCGUGCUCGUCACGGUCGUCGCUGCCAUUGUUAUGGCUGAGCGCAACCGGAAGAAGAACCAGGGCAAGAACUUGAAUGAGUCUGAGGCUGAGGCACAGGAUAAGUGA